AUGAAACUAAUUCUGAAGAAGACUUUGAUGAUAUUAACUAUAAUUCUGAAGAUGAUGGAUCACUAUUCAAAUAUAAUAAAGAAUUAUUUAAAAUUAAUGACAGAAGUGAAACUAUACAAGAUGAACCAAAGAUUAUUCUAUUAGAAACUAAUACCACUCUUCAAAAAAAAAUUCCAUAUGUGAUUAUUGAUUAUUUAGAAGAAAAAAUUUAA